AUGUCCUCUCAAAAGCACACAUCCUUAAAUCAUGAUAAAAAGAAAGAAAUGAUAGAAAGGCUCGAGAAACGAUGUCAAGAAUUGGAAUGUCGGCUAUUUCCGUUAGAAAUGUUGCAAUGGGAAGCAUCAAGUUUUCUUCUUCCGUAUUCAAAGAAUAAAACUCUCAAUCAUACAACCAUCUUCCAAUCGGAAUUGAUCAGUGAACCGAAUGAAUCGCAUGCAAAUUCUAAAACAUCAUUAACGAAAAGUAAUAGAAAUAAUUCUUCCAUACUCUCAAAAGGAUCUCUUUUAAAAAGAUUAAGAAAUUUAUUGGAGUCAUACAACUCGAUGGAAACGCCCCUAAUGAAAGAAUUUAUUCUUAAAAUGCAACAAUGCAAUUUACUGGAAUAUGAGUCAUGUAUUAGUGAUGCAAAGAUGGAAAAAGAGUCCUUACCCAAUGAAUAUAGUAUGAGAGGUACUAUUUCAAAUGAAUAUUUAGAAAUGGAUGAAAAAUCUUUGCAACUUCUAAAGAGAGAUGCACAAUGGAGACUCAUUGAAAAUCAAAGCGAAAUGAUUGACCGUUUGUCAAAAUCAUUUGAAGAGCUUGAUCGACUUUUGCCUUUACUAGACGCGUUAAACGAUCGAAAUCAAUUCACAGAUCUCUGUAACAAGCUGAAUGAUUUGAAAUCGUUUCAAAUAGAAAUGGACAACAUAGAUUCCUCCUCCACACAACAAUCAUUCAGUAUUCAACAAAAACUGUGUGCAUAUAACGAUUUGGUAAGUGGUGAACAGUUUCACAAUUUUACCUAA